GCAGUGGCGGCGGGAGAGCAGCCGAGCGCCGGGCGGGCGCGGGAGCGGGGUCGCGGCGGCUGCGGGACCCUCGGAGGCGGGGCCGGCGGGACCGCGAUGGGCGUGGAGAUCGAGACCAUCUCCCCGGGAGACGGAAGGACAUUCCCCAAGAAGGGCCAGACAUGUGUGGUGCACUACACAGGAAUGCUCCAAAAUGGAAAGAAAUUCGAUUCAUCCAGAGACAGAAACAAGCCUUUCAAGUUCAGAAUUGGCAAACAGGAAGUCAUCAAGGGUUUUGAAGAGGGUGCAGCCCAGCUGGGUCCUCUUUCUCCUCUCCCCAUCUGCCCCCAUCCCUGCUAGAUGAGUUUGGGGCAGAGGGCGAAGCUGACCUGCACCCCUGAUGUGGCGUAUGGAGCCACGGGCCACCCUGGUGUCAUCCCUCCCAAUGCCACCCUCAUCUUUGACGUGGAACUGCUCAACUUAGAGUGAAGGCAGGAAGGAACUCAAGGUAGCUGGAGAUGGCUGCUGCUCACCCUCCUAGCCUGCUCUGCCACUGGGACGGCUCCUCCUGCUUGGGGCUCUUGAUCAGUGCGCUAACCUCACUGCCCCACAGCAUUAUCCAUUCUCUCUGCCCAAGUUGCUCUGUAUGUGUUUGUUGUCAUUGUUCAUGCGCAUCUUUGCUUGAGGAAACUUCAGUAGCAGAUGGAAGCAUUUCAGGUUGUGCAUUUUGAAUGAUGCAUGUUGCAGUCAUUCCUGAUCACAGAACACAGAAUUCUCCUUUGCACAAUCUACACUGCCUUAUCUUUACUUAAGCCAGACACACAAGGUGCUCAGACAUGAAAUGUACAUGGUGUGCACAGAGGGAGUCGAGCCAGUUUACUUUUGCUGUCAGUUUCUCUUAGAAAUUUUGUUGACUGCUGACCUAAACAGUGUUCUCUUCGAAAAUGAUGUUAAAUAAAGACUCUGUGCUUAACAAA